AUGCAUUUUACAUCUUCCAGUUUUCUCUGGCAGAAUCAGAAUCCCUGCUCUGUGCACAAAUCAAACAUCGAAAAAAUGUGAGUUUUGUUUCCCCUGUUUUGUUCUCCCCUCCCUGCUCCACCCACAAUUUGUUAUUGAAAUGAGGAAAAGAGGUUCCCCAUGCGAAUGAAAUAUUCAUUUAAUUUAAGCAGAGCUUUUGGAGUGGGCACAGAGAGAAACCACAACCUCCUCCUCAUUUCCUGAACUCUAUACUUAAUAUUAACAUUAUUAUUAUCAUUGUUGUUAUUAUUUCACUGUAUUUAUAAAACAGCCUUCCACAGAGCCCAGGGCAAUAUGCAACAAAGGAUAAACAAACAAAAAAAAAAUUGCACUGAUGUUGAAAACAAAUGCAAAACUCAGAUUAUUCACAAUAUAAUGAAGAUCCUCUCAAUCACACUGAACAUGCUAGUUUGGCGUAAUCGCAGAAAGAAAAUCUUAGCACGAGGAGCAUAUAUAAAACUUAGCAGUUAUGGCAUAGAAAGUGGUGGCUUUCAGAAGGUCAUAGGUUCCAUUUCAAACACCUCAAGGUACCAUUGAGAAUAGGCUGGCCUCAUAACCUACUUUACAACUGAGAAGAAAUGCCAUUUGUGGCAGCAAAACCGCAUGCCUUCAUCUGUCCCAGCUGCAGCAAAACAUGUCUCUCCUGUAUCGGUCUCUACAGCCAUGACAGGCAACCUUCCAACAGUUUUGACUUCACCCCCAAGAGGUGCACUCCUCCAUUGUCUCUCCCCUAGACAGACAGAUGCCAACAACUGAGGACAGAAGGAGUCUCCGAUUUGAGGAGUCGAAGUUGAAAGAUACAUAACCAGAUGUAGGAAGAGAACAGCAGGGCAAGGUAGGCCUGAAGUUGUCCAUCAGUCAAAACCUGGACAGCAUCCUGACCCUUCCAGGAAGGAGGAAGAGGGAGACAGUAUAGAUUUAGAACAAGGAUUUGAGGGAGGUAGCAGCUCAGAGGCAGAUGAGGAGGAAAGCUGGGAAAUCAUGUGCAAGCCGGGACAACACCCGGCUGACAUGUUGUCAUUAGAAAGGAUUCCAGACCCUCCUUCUUCCAGAGCCUGGCGAGCCUUAAAAGUAGGAGAGCAAAGAGCUCAAAGACAGAGGGUACCUAGCAGCACCCAUGGAAGUGAUGAAUGAGGAAGUGGGAGAGAUGAGGGGUGGAGAUUCACUUGGGACAACACGAUUAUCCAAAAAGCUGGGUUCUAUAGCCUCUCUCUGUAAAGAUUAAAAUAACAAAAGACGGUAAGAAACUUUCCUAUGUCUCUAUACUUUCCUGGGCAACCAGCUGGGAGCAGCUGACAAGAUAGUAAAGGUAAACGGUAAAGGGACCCCUGGCCAUUAGGUCCAGUUGUGGCUGACUUUGGGGUUGCGGCGCUCAUCUCGCUUUAUUGGCCGAGGGAGCCGGUGUACAGCUUCCGGGUCAUGUGGCCAGCAUGACUAAGCUGCUUCUGGAAAAACCAGAGCAGCACACGGAAACGCCAUUUACCUUCCCGCCAGAGCGGGAAGGUAUGCAUCUACUUGCACUUUGAUGUGCUUUCGAACUGCAAGGUUGGCAGGAGCAGAGACCGAGCAACGGGAACUCACCCCGUCGCGGGGAUUCGAACUGCUGACGUUCUGAUCGGCAGGCCCUAGGCUCUUGUGGUUUAACCCACAGUGCUACCCCUGUCCCCAGUUGACAGCCUACUAAUGCUCAACUAGGUACAUGUGCAGAAGAACUUUCACAUGACGCCACCUGUUACUGUAUAUACAUUACUAGAACCUGCUAAAGAUCCAGAGCUCAAUGGAAUGCAGAUGUCUUCUUGUCGCUUAGGUUAUAUCUGCAGGCAUUGUGUGCUGAGAAACAGAGGGAGAAUCUGCGACGAUCUGCCGAAAGCCCUACAGUAUAACCAUAGGGAAGCUAAGGAAACAAUGCAACAUUUAGGAUUCAGAGCAUAAUAUUAGGAGCAUUAGACCCCUUCACUUUCCCUCCCUCCAAAAUGAUAUAAAUGACUUUCACCUGUACAAGUGAGCCCAGAAUAAAAUACCACAGUGUCCUUUUGCCAUGUGUGUAUUUUUGUUAUUGUGGGUUAAUGUGGGAACCUGCAGAUAAUUAGCACAAAGGGCUAUGCAAAGUGUUACAUUUGUUUUAAGUGUUUGUUUUGGCUUCCCCUAACAGGCUGGUGUCCAAAUCUUGUGCUCAGGCCCCACCUUGGUUAAAUUUGUUCUGCUACACAGAACAAACUUUUAAAGCCACAUAUAACCAGGGUACAUGCUGCAACUGUGUUCGGGCUACUGCCUUACUGUCAACAAAUACAUCAGCACAGCCGAUCUUUGGGGUAGAUUGUUUUUAGCAGGACCCCGGCUUCACAGCAGGCACCGUUGCCUUGCUUUUUUCCUUAGCUUUUCUGUACAAUCGAGAGGAAGUGAGGCCAAUCUGUCUCUGCUGGAAACAAUGCAAUGGGUGGCUUCCUCCUACUUCCUGCCUCUUGUGGUUGGCUCAUCAAACCCAGGAUCUCAGUCAUAUAUAUCCCCUGGUCCUUUGGUUUUCCCCUCUUUUCUUUUUUAAAUUUUAUUUAUAAUUUUCAGGUUUAUACAUUCCACUAAUUUCACAAUCAUUUUAACAUUUCAAAACUUGACUUUCUCCCCCCUCAUUCUGCAGUUCCUUAAAUUUAUUUUUAAUAUCUUCUGCAUAUCCAAAUUAACUUAAUUUGCCCAUUGAUUCAUCUACUUUAAAUACAUACUCUUAUAAAACUGCAGUUUAUUACAAUAAUCCUGCCAGUGUUCUUAUCUGUUUACAAUUUACCUGUUAAUAUCCAAUAAACCAUUUCCAUUCUUUUAUAAAAAGUUUGUGAUCUUGGUUUCUUAUUCUUCUGGUAAAUUUCCAUUUUGGGGCAAGUAACAUUCUUGCCGCUGUAGUCGCAUGCAUGAAUAAAUUUCUAUAUAGUUUGGGUAGUUCUGUCCCUAUAAUUCCCAAAUAAUGUCCCUAUAAUGCCCUGUGUUAUUAUUCAUCAUUCAUAUUCUUAUCAGCACCAGAAUGAGAUCAUAAAGGCCAAUCCCUCUCCUUCAGGUGGACAACAUCAGCACGAGGACACAAUGACAAGUCUCUCUCCUUCAUUGGCCACUAUCAACAUGAGGUCACAAUGGCCAGCCUCUCUCUCUCCUUCAGGGAGGCAGCAUCUUCAUGAGGUCACAGUGGCCAGGAGAGGGUCAGAAAAAAACAGAUCACAGCAAGCUGUGUGUGCAGAUGGUAGAUGUAGGUGUUGCCUGGCACCCCAAAUUCAAUGGUGAGCCUUCAAAGUCCAGUAGCUGUUGCAGGUUGAGGGCCGAGUAGAGAGAAGAGAUGGACUAGGCAGCAACUGAUGGGCAAACCAGCAGUAGAACAGCCGAGAGGAGACUACAGAAGAAGAGAAGAAAGAUAGGAGGAAGCACCCAGCAUUUGGAGAGGAAGAGAGAAGGUGAUUUGGAGAGGAGUAGCAAUGCUUACCUGUAUUUGUCCCUGUGACAGUCACCCGGAGUCAUAAGGCAACCCAUGAACCUAUAGUUCUGUCCCUAUAAUUCCCCAAAGAGAAGCUUCUGGGUCAUCGUCCCCCCCAUGUUAUUUUAAACAACCUUUUCCAUUCAUUAUAUAUCAUUUCCCCUUUUGUUUUGUUUUUAAAAUAAAAUAUUUCAAUUUAAAAUAAUACAGUGGUACCUCGGGUUAAGAACUUGAUUCGUUCUGGAGAUCCGUUCUUAACCUGAAACUGUUCUUAACUUGAAGCACUGCUUUAGCUGAUGGGGCCUCCCACCGCCGCUGCGCUGCCGCUGUGCGAUUUCUGUUCUCAUCCUGAAGCAAAGUUCUUGACCCAAGGUACUAUUUCUGGGUUAGCGGAGUCUGUAACCUGAAGCGUCUGUAACCCGAGGUACCACUGUAUGGGAUUGCAUUUCACAAUUUUACUGACAGCAAACCCCUUGAAAUGAAUGGAUCCAAGAUAGUCAUGCCCAUUCAUUCCAAUAGUUCUAAUAUGACUAAAAUUGGAUGAACCCCAUCCUAAGGGCCUGAUCCUGUGAUUGGCUGCUGCACUUGGAUAAUAGCAUACCCUGUUAAGGUGUUGUGACCUGGUCCACAGUGGCCCUGUUUUCCCCACUGAGGUGGCUGUAGCACUUCAAGCAAAAGAGAGAUAAUCAUAAUGCAUUUUCAUUUCCUAGCCUUCUCUGUGGCAUCUUAGUUCUCCAUGGUGUCUUCUUCUUUUCUCCAGGAAGCAUUUGGUCAUGUUCGAUUUACCAGCACCACUGUCUGAAGGAGUCCAAGCCAGACUGCAGGGCUGCCACCUCAGUGGAAAACGGCAAAGAGGACUGUGAUGUCACAGAGACUGAAAAGGUUAUUGUGACGUCAGCUUUCACACACCAAAGUCUACUUGGCCAGCUGUAUGAGGUGGGUCAAUCAACUGGGUCAGAAUAUUGAAUCCUGAGUACAGAGAGAAGGGGAAAUUUUAUUUAUUUUUACAAUGUGAGCCCAAAAAGAUCGAGCUUGGCUGUCAAUGUGCUUUAGCAUCAUGCCAGACACAAAUUGUAGAAUCAUAGAAUUGGAAGGGACCCUGAGACUCACCUUGCCCAAACCCCUGCAAUGCAGGAAUCGCAACAGACAGUCCCCCAUCCAAUUUGAAACCAUACCAAACUCUGCUUAGCUUUAUUAUUAUUAUUGUUGUUAUUAUUAUUAUUAUUAUUAUUAUUAUUUGGGUGGCACUGUGGUCUAAACCACUCGGCCUCUUGGGCUUGCCGAUUGGAAGGUUGGCGGUUUGAAUCCCCACAACAGGUUGAGCUCCCGUUGCUCUGUCCCAGCUCCUGCCAACCUAGCAGUUCGAAAGCAUACCAGUGCAAGUAGAUAAAGAGGUACCACUGCGGCGGGAAGGUGAAUGACAUUUCUGUGGGCUCUGGUUUCUGUCACGGUACUCUGUUGCGCCAGAAGCGGAUUAGUCAUGCUGGCCACAUGACCCAGCAAGCUGUCUGUGGACAAACACUGGCUCCCUCUGCCUGAAAGCGAGAUGAGCACUGCAACCCCAUAGUCGCCUUUGACUGGACAUAACCAUCCAGGGAUCUUCUACCUUUCUUAUUCCUUUCUUAUUCUUAUUCUUAUUCCUAGCUGUGCAAAGGAUUUGUUGCCUUUUUAAGCUACUUCCCAGCCUGAAUAUAACUGCCGCUGGUCUGAUACAGAUUGAGGGAUUAGAAAAGGGAUGCAGGAACCUCUUGGGUCAUCGCUCCCAUCAUCCUUGACCAUUAGCCAUGCUGUCUGGAGCUGGUGACAGUAUCUAGAGGGCAUCUGGUUCCCUAUUCCUGUAUUAGAGCCUUCAGUUCUUAAGAAUGGAGUAUGCUAAUUCAAGGUGCAUGGGGUGGUGGCUUUGGAAUACUCCCCAGUGCUUUCUUAAAAAAAUAAAAGUCUCCCUGCCCCCACAAAAAACCCGGCACACUGGGGAGAAAGGUUCUAUCCCAUUCCCUUUUGUGCUUAUUUUAUUAUUUUAUUUUAAAAAACCCACACAUGGGAACAUUUAAAAAUAUGACCCUCCCCAGCAGCCUGAAGCUACACAGGCUGCAACUCUAUUCUGCUUCCUCUGUAGAUGAGGCAUAUGCCAUUAUUUUACAUUAGGUUCGCUGUCCACUCAUCUUUGGUCGGCUUUUCUGGAAAACAUCUUCAAAUACAUGAUCGUUCCUCCCCCCACCCCGUCCCAUGGGUGCAAUAAAGUUUCCGUGAUAAGCAUUUUACUUUACUGGAAACGUUUUAAUUGCUAUGCAUUUAAACUGCUGUCACAUUAGGAGUUAAAGAUCUUAAUUUCAAGGAAAGAACACCCUCCCCUUUAAAAUGUUCCUAAUAUAAAGCGGUACAUUUCAGCCUCUACUCCCCCUUUACCAGAUUCAAACUGGAUGGAAGAAUAUUUUAUAAUAGACUGAGAAGGCAAUAUAAAAUUAACUAAAGCUGGAGCUGGUGCCUUAAAAAUAUUUGGCAGGAUUCCCUGGAAAGCCACAUUUGAACAUUUUUUAAUAUAUAUUACAAGGCAGACAAGAAUAAUUAUCUUCUCUUGAAGUACUCCGAGUGAGAGAAGCGUAUUGUUAAUGCCUUUUGAAAGAAAACAACGCAGGCUGCCAAAGAAGCAUGUUAUGGAAUCUGCUUCUCCCCUCCCCUCCGUCUUUACCAGUUUGAUGGAUUCAUGUUAGUGCUGAAGAAUACAACAAAAGCAAAAUGCCUCUUUCUGCUGUACACAGACAAACACGGACACAUUAAGUGGAUGUGACUUGCCAGAAGCCAAGGCAGGGUUUGCUCAAUGAAAAUGUCAAUGCACUUUUUUUAAAAAAGAAAAUUUGGCCCAGUACCACCAAGCUCUAUCUAGGGCACACUAACAUAGAAUAUCACCCCAUAGAUUUCGACAGAAAGGAAGGCAAGAUUUGUGGCCAUGUGGUCAGUGCUGCUGACAGGACCCAUCUCCAGCAAACCUCACAAAGUAUAAUCCCAUAAUCGCUGUUUUGCCAUAUCCUUGCUGCGUGGUUACUUAAUACACAGAGCCAAACACUUUCCACUCCUUCCGUUGAUUUUGGCUGGGGGAAAUGGAACUGGACAACAUCGGGGUGGAGCAAACUUUAUUACAUUUUCAUCCCUCUCACUGCCCCCAAAGAGUGUCACAGCCUUCUCCAACAAAAUGCCCUGCUAAUGUUUUUAGAUUAUGAUUCCCAUUCUCUUUGGCUGUUGGCCGUUCUGGCUGGGACUGGUUGAGAUUGUAUGGAAAGACCCCAAAUAUAUUUUCUUAGCAAUUACAUGUUUUAUCUUUUGAUUAAUAAUUUUCUCUCUCCUCCUUUGAGAAUUUCGGUUCCUCGCUUUGCAUCUUUCCAUUUGCACUGCUAACAUUUUGCAACACAUCUCUCCUUUUCCAGCUCAGUAAGGAGAAGUGGUUGUAUUCCCUUGAACCCAACCCAGAAAGCUUUUUAUCCACCAAGGACAUCAGCUGAAGUGAGUGAACUGACAUUCAGAUAGCCAUGCAGCUGGUGAUUUGGCAAAGAUGCUGUAAGGCCAUUUGUGAUAAUCUGAAAGUGCUAUCAGUCUCCAUGGACAAGUCUACAACAGAGUUAAGAAUAUUAAUUAUUGGCCUCUGGCUGCAUGAACAACAAAAGAUUUACUGGCUUGAGGCAAAGGACAAGAUGCCCCCCGCAUCCCACAUAUGUAGGUCUUGAAUGGUCUUGCAGUAGGGAUGCGGGUGGUGCUGUGGUUUAAACCACUGAGCCUCUUGGGCUUGCUGAUCAGAAAAUCGGCGGUUUGAAUCCCUGUGAUGGGGUAAGCUCCCAUUGCUCCGUCCCAGCUCCUGCCAACCUAGCAGUUCAAAAGCACACCAGUGCAAGUAGAUAAAUAGGUACUGCUGUGGCGGGAAGGUGAACGGCGUUUCCAUGUGCUCUGGUUUCUGUGUCAGUGUCCCGUUGCACCAGAAGAGGUUUAGUCCUGCUGGCCACGUGACGCAGAAAAGCUGUCUGUGGACAAAAGCCGGCUCCCUUGGCUUGAAAGCAUGAUGAGUGCUGCAACCCCACAGUCACCUUUGACUGGACUUAACCGUCCAGGGGUCCUUUACCUUUUUUUUUUUUUUACCUGCAGUAGAGUCUUGUUUCAACACUGGAAAUGGGACAGUGUCAUUUGUCUUACCAAAGAUAAGCAGGAUAGUUUGGGUUUGUGCAAAGGCUUAGCACAAACUGUCUGUCCCCCCGACACCACAGCAACCGAAGCCCCAGCAUCUACCAGACAAGAUGGCAGCUUCAUACUGCCUGAUAACAGGGCUGGCUGUAUGAUGACUUUUACAUGGCUCUCUUGUUUCGAUGGCCUGCAACUCUUUGGUUGGUAGCCAUAGAAGCAUUCAACCUCUGGCUUACUGUUCAAGGUAAAGGUAAAGGGACCCCUGACAAUUAAGUCCAGUCGCGAACGACUCUGGGGUCGUAUGACUAAGCCGCUUCUGGCGAAACCAGAGCAGCGCACGGAAACAUCUUUACCUUCCCGCCGGAGUGGUACCUACUUAUCUACUUGCACUUUGACAUGCUUUUGAACUGCUAGGUUGGCAGGAGCAGGGAUCGAGCAACAGGAGCUCACACCGUCAUGGGGAUUCGAACCGCCAACCAUUCGAUUGGCAAGCCCAAGCAGCAUAGUGGUUUAGCCCACAGCGCCACCUGCGUCCCUGUUUACUGUUCAAGUGCCUGCCAAAAAUGCCCUGCUUCAGGAUUACAACCAGCCUCUACGAACUACUGUCCUGUACAGCGGGACGUCAGAAUGAGCUUGGAGGGCCUCCCAUUUCUUUACAUUAAUCUUACUAGAAAGAUUAUAGCUUCCUAUUAUUUUGUUAACAUAUAGAAAUUACUUAAAAUAUAUAUUUUUUAAAAAGAACAAGAAGGAAAAGGGUGGACAUACUUCUACUUUGCUACUGCUAUUAAUACAACUGUUACUGCUAAUAAACAGUGACAAUUACUUGGAAGCUUUGCUGGGCUCUCCACGAUUCCCUUAAUUUUCCCUGACUGAUGUUCUUUACCCCUCAGAAAACAGAACAUGUUUUGGAGGAAUGUUCUUGGAAGCGGCAGGGAAGUGGAUGGCAAGCAGGCAAAUACGACAGGCAAAAGAUGCAGAAUUCUUUCCUGAGGAAUCCUUCCAGACUUGAGGUUUAAUAAGUGGACAGGGGUGGCUUGAGGUGUUCUGUGCCUGAGACAAAAUGUCCUGCUGACCCCCUGCCUGUGAUGGUUGUGUGUGAGGGAUCAGGGAAAAGCCCUCACCCCUAGACAGAGGGUGGGGCAACUCUGCCAGGGCUUCCAGAACACCUUCCUGUCAUCAAACUCAGUGAGAGGAAGGUGCUCUGCAGAGCUUUGAUGCUGGUCUCUCGCCACCUCUUUGGUUGCUUCCCCAGUGGUUGAGGAAGUUAGUGGGGCAGGCAGGGUGCCCAUGGGAGGCGGCUGCCUCUUGUGACUACAGUGCUUUGAAAAAGGCAGUCAGGUCAUGUAUCCCAGCAGUGACCAGAGGAGGAAUGACUGCUGGGAUGAGCGCAGAGAGAAGAAAAACUGUGGUGGAUCUGCAGUAACACACCGGGACAACUUCAUCUGCCCAAUCUGCAACAAAACAUGUCUAUCCCAUAUUGGCCUCUACAGCCCCAGCAGCCAUUGGAACUCUCCAAUGGUUUGGCUUCACCCCCAAAGACGCAGUCCUCCCUCGUCUCCUGAGACGGAUGCUAACAAACAACAUUGUUAAUAUUAUCAUUUGUAUUACUAUUACAAUUUCUUAGAUUUCAUGCCCACUCUUCACCAUGGGGUCCCCAGUAGCAACGUAUGUAUGUAUGUAUGUAUGUAUGUACUGAUGCAAAAUUAGAUGCAAGCGCUUUCAUUUAAAUAGCAAUGCAAUAUUUCUCACCAUAGCAAGGAAGACCAGGUGGUCUAUGAGACUACCAAGUCUGCAAGCCAGAUGCUUGUUCAUGAAAAACUUCAAGGCUCCCCCUGCUCCCCCUUCUUUUAUCUUCAAGCUGAACUUGAACUGGACUGUCCUUCAAAGAGCAGAUGCUCUUCUGCAAAGUCAGAGACACUGGAGAAUUGUGCUUUUGGAUGUGAGGGGUUGUUGGGUAGGCUUUAUGAGGCUGCUUCAGGGAGAACCAGAAAAUAAUCUGAGGGCCUUAAAAACAUGCUUCUCUUAUGCUUGUGAUGUUGCUAUGCACUAUGUUGGUCCCCGUAUUCGGGGCCGGGGAGGACCAAUUGGCUUUGUCUGGGUUUUUUGCCUAGGGCCAUAGUACUCCUCAAGGUGGCACUCCUGUGGGGAUGAUCCUAUUUGAGGUAUGUCAUAGGUGUGUCAUAUGGGAAACACUGGCUUGAAAGCGCUCCAAUUGGAGAACAGCCUUUACCAAAGGUGUCCUGAGCUUUGAAGAACUCAGGAAGGGAGAAACGUGCUAAGAGGAAGGCACACUUGGCAAACCUUCACCAUGAUCAACUCCUACCUGGAAACCUAUGUCCCCACUGUGGAAGGAUGUGUGGAUCCAGAAUUGGCUUCCACAGUCACUUACGGACUCACUGUUAAAACUGUGUUUACGGAAAACAAUCUUACUUGGCUACGAGUAAUCACCAAAGAAGAAGAUUCCAUAGGUCCUCCUUGCCUCAGGGGCAACCCCCUGUGGAAAUACUUCCAGGUGGCGGGCUAGUUGUUAAUUUGUUCCUCAUCUGCCUAGGAAUACAUGUGUGCUGAUUUGAGUAAAGGGAGAAAUUUGUGGUUUUCAUUAUAGGCUGUAAACAUUCACAGCAGAAGGCCUUGAAGGACAAUCUCCUCAUAUUCACUUAGCCUAUAGAAAUAUUAAGUACUGGAAUAUGGUGAGGCUAAAUUUAUAAGACCAAGCCAUAUGGGGGUGCCUAGGGCCUAAGUCAAUAUUGUCACUUAGCCUAUAGAAAUAUUAAGUACAGUGGUACCUCAGGUUAAGUACUUAAUUCGUUCUGGAGGUCUGUACUUAACCUGAUACUGUUCUUAACCUGAAGCACCACUUUAGCUAAUGGGGCCUCCUCCUGCUGCUGCGCUGCCGGAGCACGAUUUCUGUUCUCAUCCUGAAGCAAAGUUCUUAACCUGAGGUAAUAUUUCUGGAUUAGCGGAGUCUGUAACCUGAAGCGUAUGUAACCCAAGAUACCACUGUAAUGGAAUACGCUGAGGCUAAAUUUAUAAGACCAAGCCAUAUGGGGUUGCCUAGGACCUAAGUCAAUAUUGCUCAACCUUGAGUGCCCACAUGUGGCUCAACUUGCAUUUCCAUAAUCUCUUAUCGGUUUAGAUAAUGGUCAGGAACGAUGGGAAUUAUAGUACAACGUCUGGAGGCCCAAGGCUGAGGAAUGCUGGCCUAGGAAUAAACCCAUGCAUGUAUACACACAGCUCCAGGCUGCAUCUAGGUGCUUGUCUGAAUGCAGCCAAGUUGACACAGUCCAAUUUGCCCCUCUUCAAAACAAAGGCAGUGCUAACCACCGUAAUUUCAGUUGUGGAGCAGAAGGGAAUACUCCCCACCUCACUUGAUAGAACUCGAUCCCUUCUCGUGGUACAGCAAAUAGGCUUAAGCCACCCAGUCUCUUAGUGUAACUCGUCUUCUUAAGAUGUGUGGAAGAAUAGGAAGCUGCCUUUAAAAGGUGUGUGGACGCACUUCCGGCUUGUAAACCAGAGGUGCCCCUGCCAGUCUGCAGCACAUGAGCUCCAGAGCUGUGGUGGUGCCAUUCGGUCGGCUACUGUGAGGGGUGGAGGAAAAGGCGGGAGGGAGAAUCAUGUCAUUUAUUUUUAUUUUUAAAGACAAAUCAGGCUGGAAAAGCAGGGCGUCCUGAAAUAUAAACUAGAUGAAAACAAGCUACAAUGAAAUUGAAAGGGGGAGGGGGGAAAACCCUACAUCGGCGUGUCAUUUUACAGUCAAUGGAAAAUUAGGACCAGAUGAAGCUUCAGAGGCCCUGGGCAUUUAAUUUGCUGAAGUUGGUCAGUCCUUUGUGAGAUCAGAAUUGCUCUGUGUUUCCUUGGUGUAAGCAAUACUGUGUUUGUUUGUACAUGAGCAUAAUCUGGAGGGGGGGGGAGAGAACAAGCAAAAAGAAUCAGAUUGUUUUGGUAUUCUUAUUUGCAUAAACAUCAGAUCCAAGAAGGAAGGAUUUGCCUGCAAUUCGCGAUGCCAAGAGACUUUGGGAAGCAAAACAGCAUGUUAAAGAAGCAUUACAUUUCUUCCCCAAGCCCAGUUUUCUAUGCAGGCAAGUGCAUUUGACACAAGAAAUACUUUGUUUGCGUGCAUUUGUUUUGCAGGAUCCCACUGUAUUUUUGUGUUAUGUCCAUCGCUUCCAUUCAACGAGGUCAUGGUUCCCUGGGCAAGCUCCCAAACAGGUAUUUUGCACAGCAUUUGCUAUCCUGAGAACCUCAACUUCUUUUCCAAAGCGAAUUAGGUUUCUGGUCCUCAUGUUUCCUUGCAGAUGAUUUUGUGCUCAGGAGGGCAGCAUUAAUUGGCACCCACCACGUAGAACUACAAGAAUGCAGAUUUAAUGAAUAUUUCUUUCAGCAGAUAGAGAGAAGCAUGGUUAAUUUUGUUCCCUUGUACCGGUAUUUGACAGACACACAAUGCCAUUCUGAUGGAUGUUGCCACAUGGCUUCCACACUAGGUUCAGUAUAUGUGGUGAUUGUCAGUGUGUUGCUUCUCUGCUGGACCAAGAGGAUGUGAACACAAGGCGAUCUCUUUCAUCAGGUUUUUAAAAAGCAGGCAGAAGAGAAGCAUGUUAAGACAGGGGUUAGUAACCUGGUCCGGUCCCCCCCAGAUGUUCCAUGGCAAUCACUGGUUUGCUGGCUGGGGCAGUGUUAGAAACUGAGAUAUGAAAGCCAGGAGCUAAAUGGCACCUUAAACCUAGGUUGUGGGCGCAACAACAGAAUGUCUAGGCUUGUUUUUUCAUAACUAGAAUACAAAGUUGAAAAUGCAUGAAUUGCAGCUAAAAUAUUGUGGUCAUUUUUCACGUGAUCUAGUCCUUCCCCUGCCCACCCCCCUAAUAUUCUUAAGAGGGUCUCUUCUCCAAUCUUCAGAGAGUAACCGGAAGUGGGGGGAAGAAAAGGGCCCUCCUUUCCUUCCGCUCUGCAGUUUUAAUCUGAAAUCUUAGGUGCAGUACUGCGCCCAGAGCUCAGAAACUGCUUGCGCUAAUGAAAUUUGCUGUCACAAAAUGCACCUAGAACAAUGGGAGUUUCGAACACCGGGCUGGGGCUUUUGGGAGCUGGAGCCCAGCAACUUCUGAAACAGCAGGUUCUCUGUUGCUGAUGCAAGACCAGAUCCUUGUGCUAUUUCUUGGGAAAGACAGGAUAACUUCCAUGAGCUAUUCCUGUCUGCAUCACUCAAAACAUGGCCUAUGGGUGAAUUAGGAAUAUAUGCAAUGACUCCAACCAGUCCUUCAAUUCUAGGAUCUUACAGUUUGCAGGUCUGUUGGCGAACUGGCUGCAUGUGUGUUUGUCAUUCAGUAUUUCCGAUCAACAGAUCAUUCUUUAAUUGGAUCUCAUAAUCAUAAUAAAAAGAGUAAAGCCUCCUUGGUCUUUUUGUACAAGCUUCAUAUGUAGCUUUCGAAAGAAAGCUCUUUUCCUUGAACUGUAUUCUGGGUAAGACGAAUGCGGUUCCUCGAAAGGAAAACAAAAAGAGUUUGGCAAAGCGAAGUUGCCCAAAAUCUCCAGGAGACUGUGCUCCAUUAGAUGAUUAGAAAAUCUGCGAUGAUCACACACAUAGAUCUGAGGGUUUGAAGGCACACAGCUGCAGUUUCACAAUGUUGGCUAUAUUUGCCAUCUGUCUGUAAGCAAGCAAACUCUUGGCUCCGGAGUUUGCUGAGUCUUUAUUCCUCCUCCUUCUCAUCACCUCUGCGCUGGGUUCUCCGAGAGGAUUAUUUGAACAUUAAAAGAAAAUAAGCCUUCCUCCUGUCCUGAAGUGUGCAACAUAAAUAAUGGGCAGAUUAUUAAUGCAGAGACAAUAUUUCUGUAUGGCUCUUUCCUUAAAAGAUCAGAACUCGCAGCGAGCCUGAAAACCGGCAGAGAUGCAGGGAAAACCAAUGUAAUCUUGUCAUCCGAUAUCGUGAAAAGGAGAAGGAGAAGCAGAAAAGAAGGUUGAUUUUUAAAAGAAAAGGAAAACUUGGCUGGCUAAUAUGGUACUUUUGGAAGCUUGUUAAACUUCCAGAAAUAUGCAAUGAUUAA